AUGGGAGGGGAGGGGGGAGUGGUUUGGUGGAGAGGGAGGGGGGAGUGGUUUGGUGGAGAGGGAGGGGGGAGUGGUUUGGUGGAGAGGGGAGGGGGGAGUGGUUUGGUGGAGAGGGGAGGGGGGAGUGGUUUGGUGGAGAGGGGGAGGGGGAGUGGUUUGGGGAGAGGGGAGGGGGGAGUGGUUUGGUGGAGAGGGGGGGGGAGUGGUUUGGUGGAGAGGGGGGGGGAGUGGUUUGGUGGAGAGGGGAGGGGAGGGGGGAGUGGUUUGGUGGAGAGGGAGGGGGAGUGGUUUGGUGGAGAGGGGAGGGGGGAGUGGUUUGGUGGAGAGGGGAGGGGGGAGUGGGUUUGGUGGAGAGGGGAGGGGGGAGGUGUUGGUGGUGGAGAGGGGGAGGGGGGAGUGGUUUGGUGGAGAGGGAGGGGGGAGUGGUUUGGUGGAGAGGGGAGGGGGGAGUGGUUUGGUGGAGGGGGGGAGGGGGAGUGGUUGGUGGGAGGGGGGGGGAGUGGUUUGGUGGAGAGGGGGGGAGGGGGGAGUUGGUUUGGUGGAGAGGGAGGGGGAGUGGUUGGUUGGUGGAGAGGGGAGGUGGGUGGUUUGGUGGAGAGGGGAGGGGGGGAGGGGGAGUUGGUGGAGAGGGGAGGGGGGGGGUGGUGGUUUGGUGUGGAGAGGGGGUGGGGGUGGGGGGGAGUGGUUUGGUGGAGAGGGGGGGGGGAGUGGUUUGGUGGAGAGGGGAGGGGGGGGAGUGGUUUGGUGGAGAGGGGGGGGGGGUGUGUUUGGUGGAGAGGGGGGGGGGGGGAGUGGGGGAGGGGGGAGUGGUUUGGUGGGGAGGGAGGGGGGAGUGGUUUGGUGGAGAGGGAGGGGGGAGUGGUUUGGUGGAGAGGGGAGGGGGGAGUGGUUUGGUGGAGAGGGGAGGGGGAGUGGUUUGGUGGAGGGGGGGGGGGGGUUUGGUGGGAGAGGGAGGGGGGGGGAGAGGGGGGGGGGAGUGGUUUGGUGGGAGGGGAGGGGGGAGUGGUUUGGGGAGAGGGGAGGGGGGAGUGGUUUGGUGUGGUUUGGUGGAGGGGAGGGGGGAGUGGUUUGGAGAGGGGGGGGGGGGAGUGGGUGGUGGUGGAGAGGGGAGGGGGGGGAGUGGUUUGGUGGAGAGGGGAGGGGGGAGUGGUUUGGUGGAGAGGGGAGGGGGGAGUGGUUUGGUGGAGAGGGGAGGGGGGAGUGGUUUGGUGGAGAGGGGAGGGGGGAGGUGUUUGGUGGAGAGGGGAGGGGGGAGUGGUUUGGUGGAGAGGGAGGGGGGAGUGGUUUGGUGGAGAGGGGGGGGGGAGUGGUUUGGUGGAGAGGGGAGGGGGGAGUGGUUUGGUGGAGAGGGGGGGGGAGUGGUUUGGUGGAGAGGGAGGGGGGGGGGAGUGGUUUGGUGGAGAGGGAGGGGAGGGGGAGUGGUUUGGUGGAGAGGGGAGGGGAGAGUGGUUUGGUGGAGAGGGGAGGGGAGGGGGGGAGUGGUUUGGUGGAGAGGGGAGGGGUGGGGGGAGUGGUUUGGUGGAGAGGGGGGGGGGAGUGGUUUGGUGGAGAGGGGGGGGGAGUGGUUUGGUGGAGAGGGGGGGGGAGUGGUUUGGUGGAGAGGGAGGGGAGGGGGGAGUGGUUUGGUGGAGAGGCAAGGGGAGGGGGGAGUGGUUUGGUGGAGAGGGAGGGGAGGGGGGAGUGGUUUGGUGGAGAGGCAAGGGGAGGGGGGAGUGGUUUGGUGGAGAGGCAAGGGGAGGGGGGAGUGGUUUGGUGGAGGGGGGAGUGGUUUCCAGUUGGUGCUACGGCUAA